AUGGUGCUCAACUACGACCCCCCCAACGCAGGCUUCGCCCUCCGCGCCAAAGACUCCUGUCCCUCCGGCACAAACCCAUGCUACCAAACCUGGGGCGGCUUCCUCUCGUGCUGCCCCAACACCUCCCAAUGCUUCGAGUACGAAAACGGGGCGCCGAACUCGUUCUGCUGUCCCGGUGAGUCCAACUGCGCGAACUUCAUCGACCCCAAACCGCACUGCGCGGAUGAGUCGUGGACGAUGUUCGAGAGCGACGGCAUGUUCUGCUGCCUCGAGGACCAGUCUGGGUUCUGGACGGCCGAGAAGGGCCAUAAUGGCUCUGUGGGGUGUUCGGAUGGGGAUCCCGGGUCGAAUUUGAGGACGUUGCUUAAUCCUGCUGAGCAGAGCGCCAUCGCAGGCGGCGUCGUCGGCGGCGUAGCCGGCGUCGUCCUGAUCAUAGUAGCCGUCCUCUUCAUGCUCCGCCGCCGUCGUCGCCAGAACGGCAUGCAGCCCGACACCAGCAACAGCAACGCGCCCCCCGGGUUCGAACCUAUCCCAACGGGCGGUGUUGCCGAGGCGCCUGUGAAGGCGUAUCCAGGGUAUGAGGGGCCGAGUGAGUUGGAGAGUCACAAUGCUGCGAAGAGGUUUGAGUUGCAUGAAAAUACGAGGCCGAGUGAAUUGCCUUGA